CCUGUUAAACUCCAUAAAUGAUAAACCUCUGCUCUUCUAGCAGGCUUCGCUCAAAAAAGAAAACCCUUUUUCUUCACAUCCAAAAGGACCCAAUCUUCGAAGGAGUAAUUUGGUGGAGCAGCUGGGGUUUUUAAUGAAAGGCAGCAACAAGGCCACUGUUUUAAGUCUUGCUCAGAAAUGCAAGAAUAUCUUGGCAUCAAAUUGGCAAGGUCAUCUUAAUACCAUCAAAUCUGAUGCCAAAGGAAGUAAGCAGGAUAUAUACACUUCGAAGGUUAAGUACAUUUUCAAGAGGGGGAAACCAUAUAUCUGGGUACCGGAAAAUGAGUUACAUAAUGUGAACACUAUAAUUGAUGAACGUGGUUCAUUUUCUGUAGCCAGUCCCUUCCCUGGGCCUCUUGCAAGAUUACUUAGAUCAAUGAACAAGUUUCCGGCUCGGGUUGCUCUAACCGGGGAUGUUGUGCCUCUCAAAGAUAAAAAGGCUCAGUCAGCUGCAGAAAGCCUUAACGAAGUCAUGCUCUCUGAGGAGAAAGCAGCUAAAGAAUUUAGUUAUACUGUUUCUGGUGUAUUAAUUUCUUCUAACCACUUGUCCGCAUCUCGAAGUGAAAACCUUAAGGAGCUGCUUGAUGGGGGUGAAAAGUAUGUGAUUUAUAAGUUCAAUCUAAGUUCUUGCAUGUUUGUUGAUGGCAAUGGAGGAAUGCAUGAAGUAGACUUUGAAGAUAUAGAAAAGUGUAAAGCUGAUUUGCUAGCACUGUAUUCUGCGAAGCUAAUUGAUGGUAUUAAUCAAAGCGAAGCAAGGCGCAGAGCACUGAUCCUUUUUUGUUUCAUACACUUGAAUGUAAAUGCAAGAGAUGCCUACAUGCUCUCUCUUGAUCGUAAGGGAUUUGAUGUCCUGGGAAAGGUUCGUAGUAAAGCGAUGAAGGAUGAAGUUGGUGAAUAUCAAUGGAAGCAAUUCAGGAUAACAUUCAAGGAAGACGCACGAGAUGUUGAAUCCUUUUGCCAUCAACUUGUGCAAAUGGAAGAAGAGGCUGUCAAAAAGGUUUCUAGCUACAGUGGUCUGGCAUAAAAGGGAUAAUUGGUCACUAGAAAUCAAGUAAAAUUUUGGUUGAUUUUUGUUUCUUUUGCAUGCAUAAACUGAAAUGAGCAAGACUAACAAAGUUUCCAAUCCCUGUUUACUCACCCUCAAAAGUUUCUUUGUAUAUGUUCAACGCUGUUGUUCUUGACUAGAAUGAAUAUUUCUUGUAGCGAGGAGGUGGUAAUGAUA